GGCAAACACAAAACAAAAGCAGGCAAGCAGCUAUGGUUGCCCCCCAAAAGGACCCGAGAGAGGAAGUCAUUCAGGCAUGGUACAUGGAUGAUAGUGAUGAGGACCAGAGACUCCCCCAUCACCGCGAGCCCAAGGAAUUUGUAUCGCUGGACCAACUUGCUGAGCUUGGGGUUCUCAGCUGGUGUUUAGAUGCUGAUAACUAUGAAACCGAUGAGGAGUUGAAGAAGAUUCGUGAAGACCGUGGUUACUCCUACAUGGACCUGUGUGAGGUUUGCCCUGAAAAGCUUCCAAAUUAUGAGGAGAAGAUCAAGAACUUCUUUGAGGAACAUCUUCACACUGAUGAGGAGAUCCGCUAUGCUGUGGCAGGAAGUGGUUAUUUUGAUGUUAGGGACCGCAACGAACGCUGGAUUCGUGUAUGGCUGAAAAAGGGUGGAUUGAUUGUUUUGCCUGCUGGAAUUUAUCACCGCUUUACUUUGGACACAGACAACUACAUAAAGGCAAUGCGGCUUUUCAGUGGCGAUCCAAUUUGGACUCCAUUCAAUCGCCCUCAUGACGAUCUUCCAGCAAGGAAGGAGUACCUCAAAGCUUUUGUGGAUAAAGAAGCUGGUGAACAUGCAGUUGCAGCCUGAAAUCUGGCUUUAAUUUGCUCUAUAAAUAAUUUGAUGAGGUUGUUUGUGGGAGAACCUGUAUGGACUGCUUACAAUCGACCACAGGAAGAAUAUUCAGCUAGGAAGGAGUACAUUGAGAGCUUCACUAAGAAGGUUGGAGGGGCAUUGGAAGCUCAUUAAAGGGCUUCUUCUACUGUUCUUACUAGUCUUAGUAUUAUGGUAAAGAUUGUCUAGAUUGAAGCUUUAUAUAUGCAGUUUGAAAGUUCCCUUGGACCUUUCAACAAAAUAUAUGUAAUAAUGAAAAUCUCAUAACUUUUUAAAAUAUGAAGUCGGACUCUGCUUUGGUGUUUGUA